ACCAGGAGUGUGGCCAUCCCUCAUUGGUCCAUGUUUUGCUCUGACCUCACAAAGAACCACUGUGAGAAAUGACAGACACCUGCCCAUAUAAUGUACUGCCCGAGGCUGGUUUGGUGUGGAGAGUGGUUUGGUGGUGGUUUGGGAGACGUGGACUGUGGUGAUAAUUUUGGACUUGGAUACUGGUAACGUUUUGGACUCGGAUUCUGGCAACGGUUUUGGACUCGGAUUCUGGAGAAGGUUUGGACUCGGAUAUUGGUGAACCUGCUUGGACUUUGACACGGUGUUGUGGCCAUUGACCACAAACCAACUGACCUAUCAGUGAAGAUGAAGAGAUGGCAAGCGUGUCAGGACCUCAGGUCUAACACCUUUGAAGACGCUGCCUUAACAGAACACUAUGAAAUAUUAACAACCCUUGGCCAAGGAACAUUUGGGGAAGUAAAACUGGCGAGCCAUCUCGUCACCCAGACUAAGGUAGCAAUAAAAAUCCUCCCCAAAAGCAGGAAAAACUCCCUUGUCCAACCCGAAAUUGAAAUCAUGAAAUCUCUUGACCAUCCCCAUAUUAUUAAACUUUUACACAUAAUCGACACCACCAGAAACAUUUUCAUCGUUCUGGAGCAUGCUGUGGGAGGAGAGCUGAUGAGCAGAAUUGAAGAGUUUGGCUAUCUAGCAGAGGUGGAGUGCCACAGGCUGUUUAAACAGCUGGUCUAUGCCCUCCAGUAUUGUCAUGAGAAAGGGAUUGUCCACAGGGAUUUAAAGCCAGAAAACAUUUUAUUGGACCACAGAGGAAAUGUAAAGCUUACUGAUUUUGGAUUGGGCACCAAGAUAAUCAUGGGCCAGAAGCUGGUCACGUUCUGUGGAACCCUCCCUUACUGUGCCCCAGAACUGUUUGAAGAUAGAGGGUAUGAUGGCCGGGCCACUGAUGUCUGGAGCUUGGGGGUUGUGCUUUAUUUUAUGGCCACAGGGUGCCUUCCUUUCAAUGGAUAUAGCUAUGAAGCAAUAAAGCAGAAGAUCAUUGCAGGAAAGUACCCUAGGAGUUUCAGUCUGUCACCAGAACUUUGGGAGGUGAUAGCCAAGUUGCUAACUGUCAACCCUGGAGAGAGGCCAACAGUCCAUGACAUUGCCAGAUUUAAGUGGCUAAAGCCUGACAACGAAGCUUCUCCCGCUUCUUUGGGAGAGAACAUUGAGAGUCACCCGGACCCCUCUAUAAUGGUGCUCAUGGGUGUCAUGGGAUACAAUCCAGGAGAGAUAAGAGAAAGUUUGCGGGAGAAAAAAUUCGACCAGGUGAUGGCUACUUAUUUAAUGCUCAAACAACAGUCAGCCUGGGAAAAUAAGACAACAAAAAAACCAGAUCCAAGGCUAUGUGAUAGAAUGUUGAGAAGCACAGAGCCAACCAUAAAAAACCAAACAUCUGUAAGGAGGGCAUCUAGUGUGCCUACACAUUCCACCUUCAGUUUGCCCAAUGAAUCAGAAAGUCUUGAAAAGGGAAAGAGAACUACAAUGAGCCACUCUAUGCCACCCACGAGGAACUGCUUCAACGAGGAGACAACUCCACUCCACAGUAUCUGCCCCCAGCUUGUCCAGAAGGCUCACUACAGGAGGAGCAUCUGGGGGGAGACAGAGAUCAGUGACACUUCAGAAGAAAGCUCUACUGGAGAGUCUUUGGAACAUCCAUCACUGAAAAUCCACACCCUCCAGACAUCCAUGGGUGUGUCCAAAGCUGGAUCUACCUAUUCAAAGAGCAAGGGGUCUUCACAGUGUGUUUCUUCUCAUCAUACCUCUGUGGAAGAAGACCAGUGUGAGGGCACCAACAUAUCCAGAGAGAUCAACCCACCUCUUUCACCAGUCUCGCCUCAGGAGAACCUCAUGGGACAGCUCCACAUUGUGACUACAGCUGGGUCAAUGGACAUCAUGAACACACAAGUUACAUCACCUCCAUUCUCCAGGAAGGAGGCCAAGGGUGAGGGUCCUGCUCUACAACAGAGAGAGUCCAGACCAUCCUCCCCAAAUACACUCCAGGGACACCUCCAUGGCAGGCGUCAGACUGUGCCCCAGGCCCCCUUUCAAAGACGGGUCUGGAGGACCCUGAGGAACGGUUUAAUCAGAGGCCUGCGAACUUUAUGUUGCUGCCUGCCAAUCGAAAGGAGAGUGCACCCGACCAACAACAGAGACCUGGCUGUGAGUCAAAAGAGCCAUGGAGGUAGCCAUGGUAUCAGAGCAUUUAGAGGCACUGUGCUCCCUGAAAAAUGAUACCAGAGAGUGAAGAGCAGCCUACUGAGGAUGCACACAGGUUGGUUCAUGUUGGCUGGUGAUUCCACAGUUUUGCCAGGCAAGCAAAGUACUCCAUAGAUCUCAGUAAUUCUGGAAACAAGGUACCAUGACAUGCAGGUCAUCAUUGGAAAACCAAACCUCAGAGGAACUUCCAGGCAUGUAGAGAUCAUCAGCUGCCUGUCUCCAGAUGUACCCAUGGGACAUUAGAAGAGCAAGUGGACACUGGAAGCAGAGAUCCAUUUGAAGCCAAAUCAUGUCAUGGUGCACACUACCCCAGGGCAUAUGAGAGCUUAAAAGGUAAAGUCCACCAACUGUGUUUUGAGUGGAGCCAAAGUGAAAUAUGAAGUGAUUAAUAGUUGAAGCCACAACAGGACCUGUUUCCAAGCAUGUUCAUGGAUAAGAACCUGUUGUAAGAAAACAAGUUAAGACCCUCUGGUCUGAAAGCAGCGUUUUCCUUUGGGUGGUUUCUGGUCUCCUGCUACCUUCUACCACCUAAGAAAACUUAGGGAAUUAAGUCAUCAGAUUCACACGCCUCCUUAUGCCCACAUGCUAGUAUACGCUGCCUUUCUUAUUUUCAACAGUAUCUCACAAGAUCCAAGCUGUUUUCUUUCUGAUACUCCAUAGGGAUGUUGCUGUUAAUGCAGCUAUGUGUCUCCAGACAAGACUAGUGCCUUUACUUCCUGAAUGGCCUUUUGCUGGGGCCCCAAAGGACUCCUAGGAACACACUCAACAAGGGACAAAGUCUGAGAACAGUUUCAUCUGCAUGGUGAACAGUGCAGGAGAUGCCUGCCAAGCCCUAACACAGUAGACUGAAGAUGGCCACACAGGUCUCAUUGAUGGAAGAGUGUCCUGCUGAUUGGUAGGGAAGUGGCACGGGAGACAGAGGUGGCAUCAGCAGCCAGGUGGACUGGGAGCAAGAAGAGAAGGAAAACAUUUUCUCAUCUCAGGAACACCCAGCACCUUACCAUGACCCUCUGUUGUGCAAGAAGAUUAUAAGAGGCAACUUGGGGAACUUCCUCACUGGGGCAAAGUUCCUCCCUCUCCAGCAGAAGUCAAGUGAUCAGGGCAUUGUGUGUCCGAGUGAAUAUCAACCAUCGAGGAUAUCCACAGAGAUCUGGGUGUAAGAUCUGCUUAGGCAGUAGUGUCACCAAGAGUAUCAUAUGCUGGAACCUGGACACAAAUUGUGUGGUUUAAACAACUCAGAAUACACAGACUAUUUUGUAUGUACAGUAAACUUUCUGUGUUUGAA